UAGGUAAAAGUAAAAUAUUCUUUUUAGGCUUUUUAUCUAACUUUUUAAAAAUAAAAUUGAGUUUUAUUAAUUUUUGGUUAAAUAAGAAAUCAGUAUUACUAGGUAUAAACAUUUUUCAGCGAGAUGAGUCUUAAAUCCGUCGCCGGCAGAGCCUCCGGCCACCGCCUGGGUCCUCUCACGCGCCGCCUCCUCCGCUACGCAGUCGGCUCUAGAGUUCUAGUGCUGGCCCUAAUUAUAAUCUGGCGGUCUCUUCUCAGCCCCUACGACACAUCCGCUUCAAUAAAUCCGCCAUGCCUCUCCGCCACCAAUUCGUCUAGUCCUCCGCCAUCGGUUCUCCUGCCGCGCGUCGGAUCGGCGAUUGAGCGCAGCAUCGUGUGGGAUGGCGUCUACUUCACGCGCAUUGCGGAGUGCGGAUACGAAUACGAACAGACCUACGCCUUCUUGCCUUUGCUUCCCAUCUGCGUAACUAUUUUCUCAAAAUCAGUUUUUGCUCCAUUGGUACCUCUGAUUGGAUACAGGGCUGUGCUUGGAUUAUCUGGCUAUGUGAUUAGCAAUGUCGCCUUUGUUUUUGCCGCGUUUUAUCUAUAUAGGAUUUCAGUUAUUGUUUUGAAAGACGAGGAGGUUUCAUUAAGAGCAGCAAUUUUGUUUUGCUUUAAUCCAGCUUCAAUCUUCUACUCAUCAGUAUACUCUGAGAGUCUAUUUGCUGUAUUGUCAAUUGGAGGAUUGUAUCAUUUCAUGAAUGGGAAAUAUAAUUAUGCUACGCUUUGGCUUGCACUAUCGGGCUGUGCACGGUCAAAUGGGGUGCUUAAUGCGGGCUACAUAUGUUACCAUGCAAUGCAACAACUAAAUGACGCUUUCUCUUCCAGAAAAGCACUCUUAUGGCUAAUAGUGAAGAUUCUUCUUGCUGGGGCAUUACGAUCUAUAUUUAUCUUUGGUCCCUUCAUCUCCUUUCAAGCAUAUGGGUAUUUGAAUAUGUGCAUGGGUCGUUCUGUGGCUGAAAUGAGGCCUUGGUGCAAGGCAAGACUUCCUUUACUCUACAAUUACAUUCAAAGCCACUAUUGGGGAGUGGGCUUCUUAAGAUAUUUUCAAGUUAAACAGUUGCCGAAUUUUCUUCUUGCGUCACCUAUAUUGUCUCUGGCACUUUGCUCUAUUGUCUACUAUGUGAAGCUUUGGCCUGAGGUUUUUCUCUCGCUCGGUCUCCGAGUUUCUUUGAAAGAAAGCAAAUUGGUUGGUUCCGCAUCAUCUACCGGACCAGAGGGACAAGCUAGCACUACUGGAAUUUCAGAGUAUGGUACUCCUAACGAAUCGAAAGAUGGCAGGGCUCUUAGACCGAGGAAAAAAACUGCCCUGGGAGAACAAUUGGUUACCGAGCCAUCAAAAGGUGAAGCACCAAAUCGGCUGCAAUGUGAUCCUGUUGUUAUUCUUCCUUUUGCUCUACAUUUAAGCUUCAUGGUUGCCACAGCAUUUUUCAUCAUGCACGUUCAGGUUUCAACUCGUUUUUUAUCUGCUUGCCCCCUCAUUUACUGGUUCGCAUCCCACAUAAUGGGAUGUAGUAGCACUGGAAAGAGAUGGGGCCAUUUCAUAUGGGCUUAUUCUGCUGCUUACAUUUUUAUCGGCACUUUACUUUUCUCAAAUUUCUAUCCUUUCACCUGACUGUAGCUCACUAGAAUUUCCACAGGCUCUUGCUUGUAUUUCAUUGAGAUUUGUAGGUACCAUUUGCAACGAAACCAAGUCUUAUUUGCUUGUUUAGUGAAUGGUGGUGUUUUGGUGUUUAA